CUAGUAUGUCGCUAAGCUGUUGAUGUUAAAUAAAACUUUGACAUUUUGUUGUCUGUCAUGACAAAUCUAUGUUAAUGUUUUUUAUUGAAGUUAAAAUGUUAUAAAUGGUUUUAAUAUUACUUUUCUUAGAAAGUAAGAAACAAGAGGAUACGUAUUAAUUUGUUUUGAAACUUUGCAUUAAAUCACAUGGAGCAAAAUCGCGCCGAGAAUACUUCCAGUCAACAACAAAAUGUGCAUUUGCAUAUGCACCACAUGUGCAGCUGCCAAGGCAAUGUCUACCCAACAUAUUACCCAGCUGUAGGUUACAGAACCCCAGUACCAUCAUUAUUGACUUACCCACCGCCUCCUGUCCCACGUCCGUAUUUACAACACUAUCAGUAUACUCAGUAUAACAUGGGAAAUCAAUAUUCAGUACCAAUCAGUCAUGUUGCGAAUACUGCACCAAUAUAUGGAACAUCAGUGACCAGUACCGAUGUAGUAAUCAACGCGGUUGCUAGGGAAAGAAGAGAAAAAGCUGGUUCCCAGGAUGAAAAUAGUGAAGUUGAACGUCUAAACGAGGUUUCGAAUUGUGAAUAUGGUCAAAUCACUCCACCAGCUAGUGAAUUACUAUUAACGGACAAUGCCGAAACAACAACUCCCGAAAACUUCGUAAAGUUUCUGGAACGAAGCUGCCUGACGGCCGAACAAAUAGCUUACCGAAACCGGAACCGACCCUGUUUCAGAAACAUUCAGAAUUUGUGUAUCCGCACGCGGUCUGAAAUUUUGAAACCGUGCACUACAAUUUCGAACAUCCAUUCGCAAGGCAUUCCCUGGGCAACAAAGGAUUUUAUUUAUGCUUUUGUACGUCUCACUAACUGUUGGCACAUCUUAAAAGGAUAUUGGGAGAACAGAGAUGGAGCCAGUCUUGGAAAAAUUGAGAAGGAGUUAACUCCGGAAUUUCGAGCGUGUUAUGUUAGAUGGGAAAAAGAAACAAUGGAAUUGGCUGCACAAUUAACUAGGGUCUUUUAUAACCUAGACACCAAUCUUGUAACACCACAGGUGAAUGUAAUUAAAACGCCGGCGCCAACCGAAUGUUUGGUGAAGAAAGUUUCGACAGUCGAAAAUGUGACCACUUCGACAUUGACAAACAUUUCCAUUAAUAAUUUUCGUUCGAAAAACGUAAGAGGAAUUAUUCGUUUACCUGCGACACCUGUGACUGAGACUGUCGAUCAAGCCAAUCAAACCUAUGCCGGAGACUUUUGUAACGUUAAAGAAGAAGGUUUUGAUUCGGAAGAAGAACGACGGGUUUAUAUGAAGCCAGGUAGCUAUAACGUUCCAAAACGAGACAGUAAUGACGGUGGUACUGUAGCGAGUCCAAGGGCGAUUGAAUUUCUGGAGACUGCACAAAACAUCAAUAAGGCACAAGCUGCGAACGAUAGAUAUUGGGCUAACAUCAACGUUAGUGGAGCUAAAAAAACUGGAGAUCCGAAAAUAUUGCAAGAUGUAACCCCUGAAUCAGAAAUCGAGCAGCUUAAUCUGUCAUCCCAUUUAAACGUACACGAAUGGUUGCUGAGCAGCAAUUUUUCUGAUUUUGGCGAACCGUCUCCAGUAUCGACAUCCACCCAUGACAUGAGAACGUUUUUCGUUGACGCAUCGACUUUUUACGAAUCAUUACCCCAACUGGAUACCGAUAUGCAAAAAUCCUCUUCUAUCAAAGUUUUACAACGUGGAAAACCUUCUAAUAGAAAUGAAAAGGAAUCGGCCGCUAAUGGACUUAUUACAGAUGGACCAGUAAGAGCUUUUAGAAAAACACCGAAGAGAAGCAUAGGUAUUUACGAAAACGAAGAAGGUAUUACUGAUACUGGAAUUACAGUUUUACAGGAUUUAUUGAACGAGUUGAGAAAAUAUGAUAUUCUGGAAGGUCUUGACGCUUCGGACAAGAAUUGUUAUGCACCGAUAAUCGACUUAGAUGUUAUUGUAAAUAGACUCAAAACCGAAGAAUACAUUUUUGUUAAUGAAGUUAUAAGAGACUUGAAAUAUCUUAUAAACUACUUCAGUGCUUUUGCUGACCAUUUUACAAAUGUGGAUAAUAAGAAGAGAGAACUGGUUAGCUUUAUAACAGAAAUGUUUUCACUGAAAUUACGUGAUUUUCUUCUAGAACAUUUUCCCGGUUAUGAUUUUAGUGAAAUAAAAGGCGAUGUUUUACAAGUAGUUGGACAAUUAAAAAUGAAGGUACCAAAAUUUAGUGACGAAGAUCAAUUCUAUAAGUGAAGCAUAAAAAUAUAGGUGGCCAGUUGGAAAUGAAACUUUAGGAAUACAUUAUUUGUAUUUUAAAAAUUGCUGUAUUUACUACGUAUGGCAAAACUAAAUGCAUGAAUGUUAUUAUCCUACCUUUUUUAACGAUCAAAAAAAUACUUUUUAUAUCACUUUUUAUAUCACAAUGACUAAUAUGUAAGAUUUAAAAAUUACUGUAUCAAAACUAAAAAUAAAUUGGUGUUUCUAUUAAAAACUUUGUUCGGAAU